AUACUUAGCUAGGGUUUAUUACUUUUGCUGAUAUUAUAUAUUUCUCCUCAACCGCAAAUUUCAUAGUGCGGCUAGGGUUUUCUCUUCUCUGGUAAAUGUUAUAGUUUUGUUCGUGGAAAGAACAGAGAUUCAGAGAUGAGUAAGCUUCAGAGUGAUGCCCUUAGAGAAGCUAUUUCAACCAUUGUAGCUCAGUCCAAGGAGAAGCAGCGUAAGUUUACUGAGACUAUUGAACUCCAGAUUGGGUUGAAAAACUAUGAUCCCCAAAAAGACAAGCGUUUCAGUGGUUCCGUGAAGUUGCCACACAUUCCUCGACCUAAAAUGAAGAUCUGCAUGCUUGGAGAUGCCCAGCAUGUUGAAGAGGCAGAGAAGAUAGGUUUGGAUUAUAUGGAUGUUGAAGCACUGAAGAAGCUAAACAAGAACAAGAAGUUGGUCAAAAAGCUUGCCAAGAAGUAUCAUGCUUUUUUGGCUUCUGAAUCUGUUAUCAAGCAGAUCCCUCGUCUCCUGGGUCCUGGUCUCAACAAAGCAGGGAAAUUCCCAACCCUUGUUACUCACCAGGAAUCGCUAGAGUCCAAAGUGAAUGAGACCAAGGCGAUGGUUAAGUUCCAGCUGAAGAAGGUUCUUUGCAUGGGAGUUGCCGUUGGGAAUGUUGCGAUGGAGGAGAAGCAGAUCUUCCAAAAUGUGCAAAUGAGCGUCAAUUUCCUGGUUUCAUUGUUGAAGAAAAACUGGCAAAACGUGAGGUGCCUCUACUUGAAGAGUACCAUGGGCCCAUCAAACAGGAUCUUUUGAAUUGGUAGUUACCCAUGUGUUAAGAGUUUUGUAUGUGGACAAAUUUUCUGCUAUGUUUCGUCGUUGGAAUCUUAGAGUUGUGAUUUUGAGACAUUGGAAGUUUUGUUUUGCAUAUCAACAUAAAAUGUCAAUUUCCAUCUUUUUUUUAA